GUUCGACGACCUCUUUCUCUUUUGUCCUUUCCCCUAAGGUUUCGAUUUCGUGUCGUAUUAUCAUCACUCGCCAUCCCAUCAUCUACCCGCAAACGCAAAGGUAAUGGAAGACGAGAAGAAGAAGAAGAGAAACAAGAAGAAGAAGAACAAGCAGAGUAAUAAACGUGCAGACGACGCUGUUGCUUCCGGUGUAACGACCUCUGCUGAUGAAAAUCAUAUCGGAGAUGGUGACAUUGCUCUAAUUAGCGGAGGCCCAGAUGCCCAUGAGUCGCAACCAUCUCACCAGAUCAGUAAUGUCGUCGGAACUGCAGAUGAUUCUGGUGUUGAGGACAAGUCUCACACAAGUGAGGCGCUGCUGGAAGAAACUAUCAAACAGUUACGUGAUGAAAAUGGCUCCUACCUUCAGAAAGAGGCUGGUUUUGAAGAAAAUGUUAGAGGCUUAGAAACUGUGAAUGAAGCUCACCUACAGAAAGAGGCACUGUUAGAAGAAAGGUUUGUGCUAUUGAAAACAGAGAAUGAAUCUCGCAUAAAAAAUGAGGAAAUGCUAGAAGAAAGACUUGUGCAUUUGAAAACAGAGAAUGAAGCUCACAUACAAAAUGAGGCACUGUUAGAAGAAAGGCUAGUGCAUUUGAAAGCAGAGAAUGAAGCUCACAUACAAAAGGAGGCACUAUUGGAAGAAAGGCUAGCGCAUUUGAAACUAGAGAAUGAAGCACACAUACAAAAUGAGGCACUCUUAGAAGAAAAGCUCCUGUGUUUGAGAACAGAGAACGAAGCUCACAUACAAAAUGAGGAACGGUUGGAAGAACGGCUCUUACAUUUGAGGACUGAAAAUGAAGCUCACAAACAAAACGAAGAAAAGUUGGACGAAAGACUUGUGCAGUACAAAAACAAGAACGACAUGCUUCUUCGUGAAAUGUCUAGUACAGAAGCCCAGGUGAGACAAUUGCUGGAUGAAAGAUCUACCUUCACCCAGAAAGAGACGAGUCUACAAAAGAAAGUUCAACAACUUCAACAUGAUGAAGAAUCCUUGGUGAAUGUGGAGAAGUCAUCCAGAGAAAUGAUCUCUAGCCUGAACAAUGAAAUUGCAAGGCUACGAGCACAGGUUACGGAGUUGGAGGAAUCUAAUAGUAAUCUUCUAGAGCAGCGUCAGAGUCUUACAGAACCUGUAUCCAAUCUUCAAAUCCAGCUUGAAAAUCAUGAGAGUAAUGCAAAGGGUGCUUCUGAGGAAGAAUUAAACUCACAGAUUGAAGCAGCGUGUACUCUAGUUGAAAAGCUUAUCACUGAAAACGCUGAACUUGUUGAAAAGGUGAACGAGUUGUGUAUUAAGCUCAACCAAUCACAGCAUGCUUCUCCUUCAUCCCCUGAGAGCCUAGCAAUUGAAGUAGAGAAGUCUGAAUCCUUAGAAGAAAUACCCAUACACGACGAGUUGAUUAGAAUUGAAAACUCUAAGAGCAUAGAUACUGCACUGGUAGAGAGAAAUAUGUCAGAAGGCCAAAUAGAAGAAACAGUGCCAGUUUCUGUGAAUGCAAAUGGGGAAGUAGACGUGGAAUCACAGGUUGUAGUAGCCAGAGAAGACGAAGCAAGUGCUGGUGUGCCUCUGGUGGACGCUCCACUCAUAGGUGCUCCUUUCAGGCUCGUCUCGUUUGUAGCAAGAUACGUGAGUGGUGCAGAUUUGGCGGCAAAGAAAUAGUAUUUUUCAUGUGAUUUUUUGUCAAACUUAACAAUACAUUGGAGACAGAGAAGCUGCAUUAUCUCAUCUACUUCUCUCGCUCCCUCUUUUUUUUUUUGGAUCUAAGGGACCUUACAUAGAUACACAAGGAUCAUUGAUUAGCUUUUCACAACACUUACAAAAUACAGAUGUUUAUUGUAAUUUUUUGAUGAGGAUAAUGAAUUGAUGAUGAUGAUGAUGAUGAUGAU